GGGGGGCGUGGCGGGGGUGACGGAGGCGGGGUCCGGCCUGGGAGAAGAGUCGGAUCCAAGCCUGGGCCUGGGAUCCCCGACCGGUUUCGCCGUGCCCCGAGCUGUCGUAGCGCAGCGGCCCGAAAGUCUCCCCACGCCUCUCCGAGCGCCAGCCCGCGGCCCUCGGCGUCGAGCUCGGCGGCGUCCGGCCUCCAGGCGCGUCACUGGCCGCCAUGGCCGCCUCGGGCUUGCGGGCUUUGGGGGCGAAGGGGCCCGGCUGGCUCCGGCGCGGCCCGUGGGCUCCGCUCGCAGCCGGCUUCUAGCGGGGCUCGGCUGGGGUCGGGCGGCCGGAGCCGGGGCCGCGACUCACCAGCGCGCGGCAGCGGGACGGCAUCAGGAGCAUUGUCCUGAACAAUCCAAAGAGAAGGAACGCACUGUCACUGGCAAUGCUGAAAUCUCUCCAAAGCGACCUUCUUCAUGACGCCGAAAGCCGAGAUCUGAAGGUCAUUGUCAUUUCAGCCGAGGGGCCUGUGUUUUCCUCUGGGCAUGAUUUAAAGGAACUGACGGCGGAGCAAGGCCCGGAUUAUCAUGCUGAAGUAUUUCGAGCCUGUUCUGAGGUCAUGAUGCUGAUCCAGAACCACCCGGUCCCCAUCAUUGCCAUGGUGAACGGCUUGGCCACCGCUGCCGGCUGUCAGCUGGUGGCCAGCUGUGACAUUGCCGUGGCAAGUGACAAGUCCUCCUUUGCCACACCAGGCGUGACCAUCGGGCUCUUCUGCUCCACCCCCGGGGUGGCCGUGGGGAGAGCGCUGCCGAGGAAGGUGGCCUUGGAGAUGCUCUUCACCGGGGAGCCCAUGUCUGCGCAGGAGGCCCUGCUCCACGGGCUGCUGAGCCGGGUGGUGCCCGAGGAGCGGCUGGAGGAGGAGACCAUGCGGAUAGCGAGGAAGGUGGCCUCGCUGAGCCGGCCCGUGCUGUCGCUGGGCAAAGCCGCCUUCUACAGGCAGCUGGCCCAGGACCUCAGGACGGCCUACCACCUGGCCUCCCAGACCAUGGUGGACAACCUGGGCCUGCCUGACGCGCAGGAGGGGAUCCAGGCCUUCCUCCAAAAGAGGGACCCUGUCUGGUCACACUGAGCAGCCUCAUCAGGGCAGCUGGGAGCCCCUGAGCCCAGAGGGCGGUGCUCAGGACCCCUCCCCCUCGCUGCCUUCGGACCCCCAACCACCGCCACCGCUGCCUUGUGACUGUCACGGUCUGCCUGCCUUACAGCCUUGGUGAUGCUGUGGGUGCCCACGGUCCGUACGAAGAGCCACGACUGCCUGGGGAGAGGGUGGCUGGAGAGUCAGGGGCUGCCUUAGGGGAUGGUCUCCGGGCACCUCUGCUGAGCCAGCUGCCUGAGGAAGCGGGGGCGAGGUGCUCCCACCCACGACCGUGGCCAAGGGGACACCCCCAGGGGAGAAGGUGGUGGUGAUGUGGGGCCAAAUGGAAGGACUUGGGCUGACUCAGUGACAGGAGGCUCCCAAGGUGGAGGCAGUGCCCGCGCCCAGGACAGGGCAAAGGCCUCAGACCUCCGCUCUGAAAAUCGCCUGGAUUCUAUCGAGAAGUAGCCGUGCCUGUGGCUUUGGGAUAAUCUUACGUGACUUUUAAAGAUGACCUAUUUAGAGAGACUGUAAGCUGGCUGAGAGAAGGACGUCAGCGAAGCCUUCGAUGCCGGUACCCAUGGACAUCCAGGGGGGAGGGUCCCUCCCGGGCGCGGACCCUGGGCUGAACCUGAGGAUAGGGGCUCCGGGGGAGGAGGGAGGAACACGGAACAACCCCUUCCAGCCACAAAGAGUCACCUGCUCCGGACACACUUCCAUCCCUGCUCAGCUUCUGGCAGAGAAUCCAAACUAGCAGCAGACACCCGAGAUCCCUGACAGCGAGUAUCAGCAUCGACUCCCUGACAGCGAGUAUCUCGCUUUCUCGCUUCCGGUCCAAUUAGGUCCCAGAAAUGCCCGCAAUCUCGUGUCCACCAGCUCAUACCUGGGGCUGAUCAGUUUUUAAGGCUUUUUUUUUAAAAAAACAAACAAAACACCUAUGAGGAGAAUUUGGCCCAAAUGCAAUGGGUACCAGAGAUAGAGAGCCAUGUCUGCCAGGUGGUUCUCAUUCUGAAGGGGGGUCACCCAGUGGGUUUCUAUUGAGGCUGGCUUUUUCUUUUUCUUUGCCAGAGUUUAGAAAGGUGGAAAAGAGUGGUUUUUUUGGAAAGGAGGAGCCUGAAACUAGAAAGAUCACGGGAGCCAGCGUUCCCUGGACACAUACCUUCUCAGUGAGCUCCACUGGAACCAGCGCCCCCACCACCACCUCCAGCUUACAGGGGGUGGUUGAGACCCGGGAGAGUGAGGUUCAGGCUCUGUGUACCCCAUGAAGCCGGCUGCCCAACUCCUGCCCCAUGCAGCUCUCCAGAACCCAGGGCUGGACUGGGUGCUCCUGCUGGAGACCUCUGCCAGCUCACGGAUCUGACUGCCGCCCGACCACCUGCGGAGUUUUUCCUAUGAUAACGCUGAUAAACAGCUGGCUGAAGUCCCAAGCCAGUCUGCCCAGGACUGGGGCCAUCGUGAUCGGCUCCAAAAGAACGCCACCAGCAGGGCCCUCCGGUUUGCCCGCCCUGGGAGCGGCCGUGUGGCCUUUGCCACGGUGAGGAGAGGGUGUGAUAAACUCUCUGGGCUUUGGGGAACGUUACCAAAGCCUCCGCAUACAUUCGGCAAAUGAAAACCAAAAGCUGGCUUUCCAGUUCCUCUGCAAGCUGCACAACCACAGCCCCACACAGGAAAUCUCAGGCCUCGAGGGCCUCCCAGCCCACGUGCCCACGGGGACCCGCCAUAAAUCCUAAUAAUGACCGAUGCGGAAAAGAACCGAGAAGGAUACCCUGCCGCCCAGCCAGAAGCGCCACAUAACUCAUCCCCAGGGCAGGUACAGAUUGGGAGUUAAUUUGCAUGCCUGCUUCCUCCGCUGGGAGAAAACCCACCCAUCACCGCACACCGAGGCUGCCUUCGGGAAGCCUCAGGCGGUCCCCUGUCCCUCUGCACCGUCACUCCUCAGGGAGCUUUGCUGAGCUCAGCCCAGCCGUCCAGGCACCCGCAGUCGGGCCAGAAGGUCAGUGCGGUGGGCAUUUGCUUCCGCCCGGCUCGGCUCGGCUCACCUGAGCCCCACAGAAUGUAACCAGAAGGAGCAAUGACUGAUUUUACACCAGUGGGUGUGGGGGCCGUCAGGAGGUUUAAUGAGCUGAGACCCCUGCCAGGCAGCCCCCAGAAGUAGCUCACUGCCCCCCGAGGCUCCGAGAAGUCGAGGCACUGGCCGCGCGCAGACCCGCCUGUGGGUUUAGACCUGCCUGACUCUGUCCCGUGCCCCGGCUGCUAUCCUGGUUUCCUCCCUCUGCACCAAAAAGAUUACCGGAGAGACCGGCCUGGAGAGACCGGCCACUCAGAAGUGGCAGAGCCAAGGCAACACGGCUUUGCUUACCCCGGGGGUCCGAGAGAGUGUGGAUCCGACUUCGCAGACGUUCAAGUCCCCGCUUUGCCGUGGGACUGCAGGUGACCAGCCUCUUCCAGCACCCAGGUCCCCUCCCGCAGACACGACGCCGUGCGCCCCUUGUCCUCCUGCAUCUGGCGUCCCGGACUCCACAAAACCGGGACUGGAAGCUCGCACCGAGACCCGAAACAGGCAGCUCUGCUCAGAGAAAACGCUCUUCCAGACGGAGAGGCCGGGCCUUUUGCCCGAGAGGUGGCGAGCAGUGCAAACACCUGGUUACACAGAAGAGCAGUCAGAACGGGGGCCACACCUGCACCUUCUGAACCUGCACCUUCGCACGGGAAGACCCUAUGCGGGCAGAGCUCUGUGGGAACUGACGGCCACCCCAACCCUGCCUGGGCGCCCCCUUUCCUCUCCCCAUCCUCUGAGAACCACAGCGCUAGUGUUGCCUGGCGGGGUCCCUCCCCAGGCCUACUGCAGAUUCCGAUUUCUGGGGCCCAAACCAUGCAUUUAAAAAAGAUUUCUGAGUGAUUCUGCUGCCUUAGGGUGGAAAUGGCAGGUGUCUCUCCAGCAGUACCUGUGUUUUAAAAGUGGGAAUCAGUGUGGCCUUUGAGGUGGGGUUGUGGGCCGUGGUUGCUGGCUUGGAGGGGGCAGGGGAGGCUUGAACACUUCAGGUGCCUCUUAAAACCCACUUGAGCAGCUCUCAGGGCUUCAUAGGCCCCAGGUGCUCCCCACCCAGCACACAAAACAGGAUACACCCACAUCCUGCACUAUAUAUUCUUCUGUGUAGAGAAAGAGGUUGACUAUUUGCUUUUAAAUUGUUUAAAAAUAUUUGAUUAACUAAUGAUUAUUCUUUCUUGGCAAUCAUUAAGAGGCAAGAGCUCAAUUCAGCCUCAUGGAUGUUGACCUGUUACCGUAAAUAAAAGAUGAAAUUUCAGUCUU